GCGCCUUCUGCUCAACAUCUGCUCUGCUUCAUUCUUUUUCUCUUUUUUAGUCUGUCGUUCUUAGUAUUGACUGUCUUUCUUUGAUUUGCAGCCAUGUCCGCGUCGCUUCCCGGCAACCGGGACCCUCCCGCGUCGCAGUAUGAUCUGAACACUUACUGGGGUCGUGUGCGCCAUGCGGCAGAUAUCUCCGAUCCAAGAAUGUUGUUCGUAUCCUCCUCGGGACUAGAACAAGCGAAGCGCCUUAUCUCGUCUUAUAAGCAGAAUCAUGUCCCUGUUAUGACUCCCGAGUUAUGGCGGGCGAAGAAGGUGGUGGACUCUACAUUGCAUCCAGACACUGGCGAACCGGUUUUCCUUCCCUUCCGCAUGUCGGCUUACGUUCUUUCCAACCUGGUGGUGACGGCGGGCAUGCUUACGCCAGGACUGCAGACUACCGGAACGCUUCUGUGGCAGAUCGCCAACCAAUCGCUCAAUGUCGCCAUUAACAAUGCGAAUGCGAAUAAGUCGACUCCCCUGUCGGUAUCUCAGAUGGCCAAGUCAUACUUAAUGGCGGUAUCGGCGUCAUGUUCGGUGGCUCUGGGUCUCAAUGCCCUGGUCCCUCGGCUGAAGAACAUUUCUCCCAACACAAAACUCAUUCUCGGCCGUCUGGUGCCCUUUGCUGCGGUUUCCAGCGCCAGUGCGCUCAAUGUGUUCCUCAUGCGUGGCGAGGAGAUUCGCCAGGGCAUUGACGUCUACCCUGUCCUUUCUGAAGAGGAGAAGAAGAAGCGCGAGGAGACCGGUGAGCCGAUCCAGAGUCUGGGCAAGAGCAAGAAGGCCGCCACCAUUGCGGUCGGGGAGACGGCCAUCAGUCGGGUACUGAACGCGACGCCUAUCAUGGUGGUACCACCUCUGAUUCUUGUGAGGCUGGAGAAGACGGCCUGGCUUAAGGCUCGUCCGCGCAUGGUUACGCCGAUCAAUCUGGGUUUGAUCCUGGCCACAUCGCUGUUUGCUCUUCCGCUGGCCCUGGGAGCGUUCCCUCAGCGGCAGGCAAUUAGCGCCCAGUCUCUGGAAGAGGAGUUCUGGGGCCGAGGAGGCAAGGACGGGCAGGUUGAAUUCAACCGGGGUAUGUAGAUUUUGUGGGUAUGGGACUCAUCGAGCAUUGCGUUGGUUCUUCGUUUCCUUUUGGCAGGGGCGGGAAUCUGAAUAUAGAAGCCCUCAUCCAGUGGCAUGCACAUGGAUUGUUGAUAUCAUAUUGUUUAGCGUAUAGACCAUCUACAUAUAUACACAUAUAUACCACUGCUCUCGAUG